AUGUCGACGAUUGCCACGAUUCUCCAGGAUGAAAUCUCAACAGCAACUUUGCAAAAAGGCCUGUAUGCUAUCGCAGCAUGUACUUUAAUCGGCGCAGCAGCCUAUGCCGGCUAUAAAGCGGCUGAACCCGAAGCAAAACACUUGCCAUCACAUCGUCAUCCUGAAUCAAACGAGCAGAUUGAAAAAGUUCUUGAACUAUUACGUCUCGAUGACGAGGACAAACUUCGAAUUAUCAUGCAAUCACUCGAACGAGAAAUGGAGCUUGGCCUAUCCCCAGCCACACAUCCAACAGCUGACGUCAAAAUGUUCGCCACUUACGUUAGAAGCACAGCUGAUGGUUCCGAAACUGGCCAAGUGCUUGCACUCGACUUAGGUGGAACAAACUUUCGUGUGCUACUGGUUGAUUUAUUGCCGCAGUCGAAAGUUGAAUUGACUUCAAAAAUUUUCGUUAUACCUCAGUCGAUCAUGCUCGGCGAAGGCUCUUAUCUAUUUCGUCAUCUUGCUGAUUGUUUGAUGGAAUUCAUGAACAAAGAAAAUUUGAAUAAGCCAGGUGUUCGUUAUCCAUUAGGCUUUACCUUUUCGUUUCCAUGCAAACAGGAAGGUUUAGCAUCGGCUCGUCUAUCAACCUGGACAAAAGGUUUCACGUGCUCUGGCGUUGUGAAUGAAGACGUUGUGAAAAUGCUUCAAGCAGCUAUUGAUGAAAAAAAUAUCAAUGUACAGUGUGUCGCACUUGUUAACGAUACAGUUGGCACAUUAAUGGCAUGUGCAUACAAAGACCCGAAUACAGAAAUCGGUUUGAUCUUAGGAACAGGCACAAAUGCGUGUUAUAUGGAAAAACUCGAUCGAGUAGGCACAUGGGAUGGUGAUUACAAUGAUCCGAAGCAAGUAAUUAUCAAUAUGGAAUGGGGUGCAUUUGGUAAUAACCAUCGUUUAAACCAUAUCCGAACAAAAUACGACGAAGAAGUCGAUCUUUCGUCUGUCAAUCCGGGCAAACAGAUUUUCGAGAAAAUGAUUAGCGGAAUGUACAUGGGUGAAAUCGUUCGUUUGAUUAUGCUGGAUCUAAUACAUCAAAACUUGUUAUUUAUCGGCAAAUGUAAUGGCUCAGAAGAUUUCAAAACGCCGUUGUUCACACGUGGUGGGUUCUAUACCAAGUACGUCAGUAGUGUGGAAAUGGAUGAAGGAAUUGGAUUUUCAAACACGAGACGUGUUUUGGAAGAUAUUGGAAUAAGAAAUCCCAGUUAUGAUGAUUGUGCAAUUGUUCAGCAUAUCUGUAAAAUUGUGUCCAAACGUGCAGCACGAUUAGCUGGAGCAGGUCUUGCCGUUCUUAUCAAUCGUAUCAAUAAACCAAAUGUAACGGUCGGUGUUGAUGGUUCAUUGUACCGUUAUCAUCCAAGAUUUAAACGAAAUAUGGAGAAGUGUAUGCAGAAUUUAGUCAGUAAAAAUAUCAAGUUUCUACUACAAUUAUCCAAUGAUGGUUCGGGUAUCGGUGCUGCAUUGACUGUGGCAGCGGCAGAAGCUUUGUCUAACCAGGAAAAAUCUAAACGAUCUUAUCCUUUAUCCGACGAUGGCAGUGGUAAAGGUGCAGGAUUAAUUGCUGUAGUUGCAUCACGUUACUUACAACAACUAUCACAAUCGACCUCAACGCUCCAUAAUCAUAACAAUGAAAAAGUUCCGACUCAGUUUCAGAAACAUUUAUCUACUCUUCAAUCUCCUAUGUAG